AUGGCGGCGGGAGAGGCGGCAGCAGCAAAUAUUGAUGAAACUCUAUAAGAGACGAUCGAGGGUGAGCAGAGUGAAGAGACGACGCCGCCAGGCGAGAAUUUUGGCGAAAUGGACGAUAUUUUAGAAGAGGACACAUUGCGUAGUUCAAGCAAUUCAAACUCGAACAUGCAUAGUCAACGAAUCGAGGAUUUUGAAGAAGCUUCGAGAUCGUCGAUUCCGCAAAUUGACGAAGAAGAUGAAUUUGAUGAUGUCGAGAGUGUGCUUGACAAAAUUGAUUUGGAACCAAUCGAUGAGGAUUUUAAGACAAAAUGCGAAACAUCGAAUUUAUCUCCAGAAGUUAUCGAAGCCGCGUGGGAAAUUUAUUCGCAUGCUAAACAAAGAGUUGUUUUAGAGGGCGACCAGAACUCUUGGCAACUUGUUUCGAUUUAUUACCAUUUUUUGUUGAAAUCGAUUAAGCGACGAUAUCGAAAUGAAAUCGAGAUUCAAAAUGUUGUGCCGAUUCGUCUGAAUAUUCUUUUGGAUGCGUUUUCUGUCAGUGCAAUCGAAUUCUUCGACAAAAUCGAGCGAAUUAUUGAGACGAUGAACUCGAGACGCCGCAAAAAAUUCAUUGAUUAUGUGAAGAAGCUGCGGGAAACCCUUGCCCUCUCAGCCGUCUGCUUCAAGAAGUUCAUUCAAAUGUACGCGUUGGUGUUCACGUCACCGCCGAAGCAUCAGGAGAGUGUUGAGAAUAUUCCGUCUUCUCAAUAUUUGUUCUCCCACGUUUGGGUUACAUUUCUACUCCUCAAACAUAAGCUCGUUCCCGAGGAUCUUGUAAAUUGCUAUCAUCUUCUUUUCUGCGUUAUUGAGAAGGCAUUCACAGAAGCGAUCAAUGAAGCUGAUGGUUUGGAAUUGCACCUGAAUACUUCUUUUGUGAAUAGUCUUCUUCAACACGACGCAACUAUAAUACGCUCACUUUGCUCAGCGUUCAAUGGUAUCGUAGUCGAUGUAACCCACUUCAGAGAGCACAUUUACCAGAAAAUUGAUCAAGAAAUGCCUAAAAUUGGGCAUAUUUGUGAUCCAAAAUCAUCAGAAAUAUUAAACGAAGAAUAUGAAAGAUGGCUUUUAAAGCAUGGACAAGUUGACGAGAGAAUGCUGGUUCCAUCGGAAGAAGGGCUUGUCAAGAUAUUUAAUAAAACGUUUGAUAUGGAAGAGGCGACCGAGGUUUUGAAGCGAAAUAGCAAACAUGAGCUGUUCGUCGACGCAAAUCUUCUGUAUAAAAUAGCGACGAGCAAGGCGAUCGAAAAUGCGAUUGUUGGCACCGAGCGCGCCGUUAAACAGCUUCACAAUGUUGCGACAAUGAAGAGAGCCUUACAUCCAACUGUUGAUAAUCCCUUGGAUCCAAUGACGGAAGAUGACGUUAAAGAUUUGGUUCCUCGUCUCAAGGAAAUGGUGAACGGGUGGAACUUUGAAUCGUCUGAUCUCAAAAAAUUCUUUGAUUCGAUGUCCGAUAAUCCGAUUGUUACAAUUUUGUUGAAGCGAGAUGUUCUUUCGCAAAAAUUUGCUGAAAAAAUGAGCGAAGAAGUCGAAAACAAUCCUGAUUUUGAUGAAACUUUUUCGAAGGCCAAAGAUGACAACAAAGAGAUUUUGGAAAAGCUUUUUUUGAUAUUCAUUGAGAAAAUUGUCAAAGCUGAAUUUGAGAACAAAAAGUGCCGCGAAGAGGAUUUAUUGAAUGUACUUCGUCGCGAGGAAUUUCUUGAUGCGACUUUCGGCUUCUGCCUCGAACUUCUCGUUUAUUGCUAUACCAGUGGGCGAAAAUUCCCAUGGAGUGUUGAAGUCAUCGAGAUUCAUCCGUUUUUGUUCCACAAAAUUAUUGAUUUGAUGAUAAACCACGAGAAGAGCCUCAGUCGGGCGAUGGUUCAACACUUUAAUAAAAUUGAGGAGCGAAUAAUCGAAGAAUAUGGAUUCAAUAGUAAGAGUCCGUUCUGGAAUUUGAUCACGAGAACUCCGUUAGGUUCGUUGGCCGAUUUUGGAGAGGAUUGGUUUGAUAAAGGACAAUCGCCGAUGAAGUUCACGCCGGUUAAGAAAAGAGAUGAGCUUGGGAAUACAAUUCAUCCAAGAUCCAAAUCUUUGUCAUUGUUCCUUAAAAGGGUGUACUUCACUGCUGCUCUUCGAUUCCAGGAACUCUCUGAUCGUUUGAGGCUUGAGGAUCGGCCAAAAGCUCAAAUUUGGACAUUAUUCGAUUAUGUGCUUCGAAGAGAAACUUCGCAAUUUCGCGAUCGCCAUUUGGAUCAGAUUAUUAUGUGUUGCAUAUAUGUUGUAGCUAAAAUUAACCAAACUGGAACCACUUUUAUGGAAAUAAUGAGCUAUUAUAAACGACAACCGCAGGCGCAGAGCCGAGUAUACAGAGAGGUUUUGGUGCCGAAAGAUGAGACUGACGAUAAAAGCGAUGGUCUAGAAAUGAAAAAAGUAGAUAUUAUCAAAUAUUAUAAUUUAGUUUUCCGAGACAAAGUUAAAGUUGUCAUUCAUGAUAUUGAACAAGCUAGUAAUGCCGAACUCACCGAGAUGCCGACACCUUCAUGUUACGGGCUGGCCCCAGUUAGAGUUUUUAUUGCGGAUAAGGUGGCCAUUCAAGGUUUCAAACGAACUACGAAUGGAUUGAGCCGUGAAGAAGUGUUGAUUGAAACCCGAGGAAAGAUCUUAUUCAAAUCAAUCAACGAAUCGGAACGAAUGGCGAUUCCGGUUCUUCAAUGGCUCAAGGUGGACGAAAGCCCAAAGCAGGAUGUUGAGGAGAAGCCGCGGAAAAAAGUGCCGGAGAACAUAACAAUUGUUCCCACUGACGAUCAUGGCGAAGUUGUUUCUGUCAAAACCGCUAUUUUAAAUGGAAGACAAUUUCAGAAGUCUCCAAAGCCACGAAGCGUUCUUGAGCUGUUUAAACGUUACAACCGAAAAAAGUCUGUCGAGGAGAAACGGAAAAAAGAACAUGAGCUUACUGAACGAGAACACGCUGACGCAAAUAAGGAAGUUAACGUUGAGUUUGAUAAAAUGUCUUCGGUUGAAAAAAAUGGGUUCCUCAAAAAAUUAAAAAUGCUGUCAAUCUCGGACAAAGGCGGCUCAAAACGAAGAGAAUCUGAGGAGAAUACAGAGAAGCGAAAUCGUUUAUUCAAACGAAUUGCUCCAUCUCGAUCAUUAAAUCGAACUCCUUUUGAAGACGAAAACAACAACAAUCGUCAAUUCGAUUUGUUCGGGAAAGGCAAAAAAGGCGGAGAUUCGUCGUCGAGUUCAAGCAACAAACCAUUCAGACAAAUGCCGAGAGGAUCUCUUGAAACUCCAUUGGAUACCCCAUCAAAGAACUCCGAUAUGUCUUCUCCAUCAAAAUCUAUAUUUUCGUCGUCAAAUAGUAGAACUCCUUCACGAAACCGUCAAAUAUCUAGUGAUGAGGACGUGGUGAUUCCGAAAAGCCGUGGAGGACACCACAAGCGCAAUUUCAUGCAUCAUGGAUAUGACAAUAGUGCAUCAUGGAAUGGCGAGCUACCGCCGCGCGACUAUACCAGUCCAGUAUUCUCAAGAAAGAUUUUUGUUGGAGGAGUUCCUUGGGAUAUAACUGAAGGCGCAUUGAAGGAAUCAUUUGGAGAAUUCGGAAAUUGUGUUGUCGAAUGGCCAGGUCAAGAGCCAAGAUAUCGCAAUAAUGGUGGCGUGCCGCAUGGUGUUUCAAGAGCAAUGUCGAAGGUUGCUCUCCAAUCUGCCAACGGUUACGUUUACAUGAUUUUUGAAGAUGAAAGCGCAGUUGCUUCGUUGCUGUUGGAUUGCUCGCAAGAAAUUGGCGGUGCUGGCGAGUGGUACUUUAAAAUACGCGCACAGCGCACCAAGUCAACUGAAAUACGACAAGUUCAAAUAAUUCCAUGGGUUACAUCGGAUUCUCUUUACUGCAAAAAUGAGCUACUUCUGGAGACUGGAGUUGAGCCAAAGAGAACAGUAUUCGUUGGUGCACUUCAUGGAAUGAUGACCGCACAAGUAUUGCAUUCGAUUAUGGAAGAUUGUUUUGGGGAAGUCGAAUGUGUUCAAUUGGAUACCGACAAGUUCAAAUAUCCUAUAGGAAGUGGUCGAGUUACAUUCCGUGAACAUGGCGCAUACUUUAAAGCCAUUGAGACUGGAUAUUUAGUUGUUCAUACCAGCAAAUUCAAGAAGCGUGUUCAAAUUGAUCCAUUUUUGGAGUCGACCAAUUGUAUGGCCUGUGAUGUGAAUCCGGCACAUUGUUUCUGUCGAAAUAGGAAUUGUUUCAAGUACUAUUGUAAUUCAUGCUAUACGGAAGAUCAUGGAGAAGGUACUGAUGCUCAUUUACAUAUUCCUGUUAUCGUGCCGUCAUCAGCGGUUAAGGCAGUCAAUCCAAAUGCCCACAAACGUGUUUCUCUUCAAAACUCGCCUAUGAAGCACUUGUCUACGGCGACAGCUUCAAUUUCUGCUCCAUCUCACUUUCAAUGUCAUAAUCCGCCGCAUAUUCCGGUUCUAAUUCCGAACUCAUUGAGUCCGCAGCAAACUCUCUCGAAUGUUUACGGCUAUUAUCAAAGAAAUGCUGUUGGAUCGCAGAGUGAAACGGGAUAUGAGGCGACAAUGAGAGCGAAUAGAAAUUAUUUGUAUAAUGGAGCAAAGAGUACAUUCGAUUAUUCGCCAAUGUAUAUGAAUACGAUGAUGAGUCCAGCGAAAAGCAUGAUGAACACUUCGAUGGAUCAUAUGAUUGCUUCUCCAACCGGCUACUAUAGCUCCAAUCUUGCAGCUUCUGCUCCUUUUAUGAGCCCAACAUUUUUCACACCCCCGGGCAGCGCUCAACCAACAAGCCCUUCGACGGUUUAUGGCGGAAGUCUUUGCUAUGGGUAUUUCUCGCAGCAAAACACAACACCACUAUUAUACGAAAUGGGAGCGGCCGCUGGUGUGCCGGCUCCCGCGUACGUGUGCCCAACAAAUUCGCAAAACUUCAUCUAA